AGUAAAAUAUCCCUUACCAAACUGAUGCAAUCUAAAGUAUAAAGAAACUAAAGGUAAUCCAGCAAUUCUCUCUGUCGGUUCCUCUAUCUAUUGGGAUUCUUCUUCUUCUUCUUGUUCUUAUUUCUUCUUCUUCUUUAACCCACCGAUGCCUAUCUUCUUCUAUUAUUUCGGUCUGUCUUUCUCGUGGUGACACCAAUGAUCUUACAAUCAUGGUGAAAAAAGAAGAGAGCCGAGAGAUGGAAAGCAAAAUUUAGAAAUCAGAGUCAUUUUUCUAAAAUUACCGUUUGUAUUAACAAGGGAAGCGUUAGAUAACAGUUUUACAAUUAGAUGAACAUAUGAUUGGAUUAUAAAAACAGAGUACACUCUGUUUGUUUUCACUAGACUAAACCGGUUUAAAGGUUAAGGUUUAGAUUUAAUUGGAUUAUUUUAAAAAUUGGCAAAAGCUACGACCUGUGCUUGCCAUCGCGAAUCCACAAUCUGUUAGAUUAUGAGAUUUGGAUAUACUGAAGACCAGGGAUGGCUUAGUGGAAGCAAAUCAGCAGCAACAUCUCCGUGAGUCUCUCUCUCUUCUCUAAGGAAAUCUCGAGGAUUUAUCAUCGAUUUUGGCCGUGAUUUGGUGCAUUCCAAGUUCCUGUGCGAAUUUAUAGAGAUUUUGGGGGAGAGGGUUUAUGUUUAUGCAUCAUGUCAAGGUUGUUAUACUGCCGGCGAUUAUCAUUCAGAUCUUGGGUUCCGAUUGAUUUCGGAGAAUCUCGUAAGCUAGGGUUCCUGCUGAGUGGAAGAAGACUGUGUUCAGUAUCAGAUAGGAAAGCAGAGGAUGCCAAAACAAAGAGACCAUCUUUCAAGUCGUUUACUGUAUCAUAUCUCGUGAAUUCAUGUGGGCUGUCCUUGGAAUCUGCAAAAUCAAAGUCCAGAUUCGUAAAGCUGUCGUCUUCCCAGAGACCAAACUCUGUGCUCACGCUGCUCAAGAACAAUGGCUUCACCAGUGAACAAAUCACCAGGGUCGUCAAAUCGUUCCCUAGUAUACUGAUCGUGAACCCAGAGGCAGUACUCUCACCAAAGCUCAUGUUUUUCCGAUCGAUCGGGUUAUCGAGCUCUGAAACCGCGAAACUAAUCUCAAAUUGUCCCACGACGCUGUCCCUUAGCUUGAACAACAGGCUCAUCCCUUGCUACGAUUCCCUCAAGAGCAUACUCGUCGACCAAGACAAUAUCCUCAAAUGUUUGAGACGCGGAUAUUGGAUUUUCACUUUGGACACUGCCAAGUAUUUGGCUACACGGCUUUCACUUUGUAGACAUCUUGGAGUCAGGGACCAAAGCAUCAAAAGACUGGUCCAAAAUGGUCCACUCGUCUUCUUCUGCUCCGAGAGAAAGUUCAACGAGGUCCUAACCAGAGUUUGCAGCUUCGGUUUUGAUCCCAAAAAGAUGUAUUUCAUUCAUGCUAUGUUGGUUUUAUUUCAUGUCAGUGAAUCCGCUUUGGAACACAAGUUUGAGCUUUACCAACAAUUUGGCUGGUCCAGAACGGAUUUCGUGGCAGCGUUCAUGAGAUUCCCAAACUGUGUUAAAAUAUCGGAUGAGAAAAUAAACGGAACCAUGGAUUACCUCGUUAACAAUGCCGGUCUUCAGCCCCGUGCCAUUGCUAUGCAACCUUUUGUCUUGGGUCUCAGUUUGGAGAAGAGAAUCAAACCACGGAACAUGGUCAUCUCCGAGCUUCUGUCUAAAGGGUUUGUGAAGAAAGAAGAUUUAAACUAUUUCCAGAUCCUUAAGAUUAAAGAAUGUAUGUUCCUGGAUAAGUUUGUCGUGAAAUUUCAGCAGGUUUCUUCUCCCCAGCCAUCCACUUGACAGAGAAGAGAUCUAUAUUGAUUGAUCUACUGUACUACAUUGUUGAUCUGUUAUUGAUUUAUGUAAUGCUGUCUCAUGUCAAGUUGUCAACAAAUUACUUUCAAAUGA